UGGACUUAACACAUACCCGCAAAAUACAAACAGAAAGUUGAUAGAGCAGAGUAAAGCGUAGAAUUCUUUGCUCCAUGUCGCUCAGUCGCUUAUUGAAGCCGGGUCUGGACGGUUGUGUAGCCGGGAAAAUCGAACAUUUGUGUUUUUUUAAAAAGAUUAUUUAUGCCAGAUAACCAAUGGGGUCAAAAACAAAUUGCCAUUUGCUCUUACACGUGUCUUAAAUAAUUAGUACAAAGUAACAAGUUUAAAUUAGCAUUGAAAUAAUUGGCAAUUCCAAUUAUUAACCAAAUACAAAACAUAAAUAAACAACUGCACAACAAUUACAGCUCUAGAUACAAGUCCCGUAACAAAAAUUCACGCAAUGUAUUGUUGUUCUUUGUUCCCGCCGCUUCGUUCCGCUUGCCAUAUCAAGAAAUAUCAUCUAAUCAAAACUAGUUACAAUUUCUCUGAGCUUGCAAUAGACAAAGUGAGACAAUAGGUAGAGUUCGCAGCAAAAAUAAUAUGAGAGCUACAAAUUAAAUAGAACAUCCGCCUUAUACAAAAUAAUAACAAUAAAUAAAAGUUAAUUAGUCAAAAACAAAAUAAACAAAACAACGCAACUGUUCUUGCUACUUUCUGUUUAUGGAACUAUUAAUUCUUAUAUGGUAAUGUAGUAAUACUGUCUGUAGUAUUAUAUAUGUACAUAGACACCUCGGAGGUUUCCAGCGAGCUUCGCGUUCGUCUUCCAAUAAGAACGCCACACAAGCUCGUCGCAAACGGUUGAUCUUCGCAAUCUGAUUGCGCGGCAAGCGACUCGACUCGCAUCGGACUCAGACUCAUCGUACUUGCUUUUAAGUGUCGCUGAUUAAGCUUAAACGCAUUCAACUUGAAUCAGCUAUAAUUCGAAGAGCGAGCGUGUGAGAUGAGACAAUUGCACUUGGUGUUCAUUUGGGCGCUGGGCAUCUGGCCCGCGAUGUGGGCGCAGCAGCUGGACACAUUUCGAUUGGCUCCACAGUCUGGUGCGGAUGUACAGCAGCUGAAAUUGUGGCUGACAAUUAGCGCCCGGAAGCGCUUCCUGGAAGUCAGCUGGAAGCAUGCGCCGGCAAGAGAUGGAGAUCAUGUCUUAUUAACUGUACAGGAUCCGCAUAGCUUUGAGCUGCGAUCUGUGCCCACGGGCACGCCGCUGGCAGGAUUCGAGAGAAGUAGAGACAGUGACAGCGAGAGUGAGGAGAGCAGCGGUUCAGGUGCAGACCAAGUGGCCUUUGUGCCCUUUCAUGGCUAUACAAGCACGCCUGAAACAGUGGCCAAGGCAGCUGCUAGUCCGGAAACUCAGCAUUGGGUCUCAAAUGGUGGCAACAACGAAAUCGUGGCCGCCAUCAAGCCCAGCCACUCUUCACAAUGGUUCACCACGGGCGUGCCCUUUGAUUAUGCUCUAUCUCGGAAUGUGACUACGCAUAGUGAUUGCUAUGGCUAUUGGGCUAGUUACAUCGAUGACCAUGGACGCAUUCUGGCCAAGACGUGUGUUCGCGCUUAUCCACGCUGGAUGACGAAUUUGCACAGUGGUUUGGGUGAUCUGCGUCUGCGUGAUCUCUUCAUACCGGGCACUCAUGAUUCGGGCUCCUAUAGACCCAACUUCGAUCCACUGUUGCGCGAGAGCCUGGUCACCAAAUAUGCUCUAACCCAGGACGAUGAUAUCCGCGGCCAGCUGCUGCAUGGAGCACGCUAUCUGGACAUACGUGUCGGCUACUAUCGUCCAACGGAGGAAAAGUUCUUCAUAUACCACGGCAUCACCAAGCAACGGCCACUCAAAGAGGUCAUACAGCAGGUCAAGGACUUUGUGCUAGAAACCAAUGAAAUCGUCAUCUUUGGACUGAAAGAGUUUCCUGUGGGCUUUGGCAAGAAUCUCGGCGUGCAUCAUCUGUUGGUUGCAUAUCUGCGAGAACAGUUUGGAGAUCUCAUCGUGCAUCCAUCGCUCACCUGGCAUGCCACGCUACGCGACAUCUGGAAGCGACAGCAGAACGUAAUACUGGCCUACGAUAAAAGUGAGAUUGUGCAGCAGUAUCCGGAGUUGCUCUUUGGUGGCGUGGAUCAGCGUUGGGGCAAUGUUCAGUCGUGGACGCGUCUCGAACGCCACUUGCGCUACGUCAACGACUUCGAUGUGUCACGCUUCUCGAGUCGUCCCGUGGUGGACAUGGCGGAGCUGACGCCAGAGACCUGGGAUGUUAUACUAGAUAAGCAUGGCGGACUGCGUAAAAUGGCAGACAAUGUGAAUUGGCGCAUCUCACAGCUAUACCGAGAUGAGCUUGGCGACCAUGCGAACAUUGUGGCUGCAGACUUUAUACGUGGCACCACGCUCGUCGAUACGGCCAUAGAGCAGAACAGAAAAAAGAUGGGGCAUUAGCAAAUGUUAUAGACAGUUGUCAACGAUCUAUAGAUCUACACAAAAACGAUUUCAACUUAUAAUUCUGUUGAUCUGUAACAAACAAUUUACAUUCACAAUAAGAACACAUUAACUUCAAUUUGAA